AAAUAUUCCGAUAACGAGAGCUUUUUCAUGGGCCUAUACUUUACGUUGGGUUUGCCUUAGCUCAGUGGGUUUUGAAGCUCGCAGUUGUACGGUUCGCCGAAGCCUAAAAAAUGUGGAUCGCUCUUGGCUCUACACUCUUGAUUGGAGUCCUUUGGCUCCUGCUGAGGCAACUUAAUAAAACGUACUUUAUUCUUUCAUUAUCUAAACGAGUGCGAACAGCGGAUGGCAGUCCAUUAGAAAGCAAAGUGUUCUUAUAUCCCGGAAAAACGCGAUUCGGCAACAAUUUUGAUCUACUUCAUUUAACACCUGGAACUAUUUUCAACUUUAUACGAGAGUGCACUGCCAAAGCCAAUGGACAGAAUUAUCUAUGGUACUUCCUAUUUGCACCAGAAUAUAAUAUUGUUCGUGCCGAAGACGCCGAAGAAUUGUUUCAGAACACCAAAAUCACUACCAAGAAUACGGCUUAUGAUUUGAUAAGGCCCUUUUUGGGAGACGGGCUGCUGAUAAGCACAGAUCAAAAGUGGCACUCGAGAAGAAAAACUUUGACUCCGGCUUUUCACUUUAAUAUUCUGCAGUCUUUUCUCACCAUUUUUAAAGAGGAGAGCAACAAGUUUAUCAAAAUACUGGACAAAAACGUGGGAUGCGAACUUGAACUUAACCAGAUUAUUCCACAGUUUACUCUAAACAAUAUUUGCGAAACUGCCCUGGGCGUAAAACUAGAUGACAUGUCGGAAGGAAACGAGUACAGAAAGGCCAUCCAUGACUUUGAAAUAGUUUUCGAUCAGCGCAUGUGCAAUCCGCUGAUGCUCUACAACUGGUACUUCUAUCUUUUCGGAGAUUAUCAAAAGUAUUCCAAGAUACUGCGUACUAUUCACGGCUUCUCGAGCGGUAUUAUCCCGAAAAGGCAGCUAUUUAAGCAGAAGCAACUUGGAAAAGUUGAUGAAUUUGGCAAGAAGCAGCGAUACGCCAUGCUGGAUACCCUGUUAGCAGCUGAGGCUGAGGGCAAGAUCGAUCAUCAGGGUAUCUGUGAUGAGGUCAAUACCUUUAUGUUCGGGGGCUACGAUACCACAUCAACCAGUCUAAUCUUUACACUGCUCUUGUUGGCUCUGCACGAGGAUGUCCAACAGCGGUGCUACGAAGAGAUACAAAAUCUUCCCGAAGACAUUGAUGAAAUCAGUAUGUUCCAAUUCAACGAACUGAUCCAUUUAGAGUGCGUCAUUAAGGAAUCGCUGAGGCUGUUUCCCUCAGCUCCGAUCAUUGGCAGGAAAUGUGUGCAGGAAAGUGUAAUGAAUGGUUUAGUCCUGCCAAAGAAUGCCCAGAUUAACAUCCACAUAUACGACAUCAUGAGAGACCCACGCCAUUUCCCGAAACCCAAUGAGUUCCUGCCUGAGCGUUUUCUGCCAGAGAACGCUGUGAAUCGUCAUCCCUUCGCAUUCGUGCCCUUCAGUGCAGGACCAAGGAAUUGCAUUGGUCAGAAAUUCGGCAUCCUGGAGAUGAAGGUGCUCCUGGCAGCGAUCAUUAGGAACUUCAAGCUACUGCCCGCCACUCGGUUAGAAGAUCUCACUUUGGAGAGCGGAAUUGUCCUGCGCACUCAGCAGAGUAUCAAAGUGAAAUUUGAAGCUAGAGUCUAGCAGUAAAUAUUCAAGAAAUCAACAUAUUUGGUGUUUUACAAAUUACAAAUAGGUAAAAAAUCCUUCAUAUCGAUUUUACUUGAUCAUAACAGCCGAAAAGUAGGCUAUAAAAUGUUAAA